AUGCAUACCACUCAAACCACAUUAUUGGCACCUCAAACCAACUCCCAUAUAAGCUGCUGCCUCGCGGUUCACGACAACCUCCUCUACGCCGCUUCCAUCAACGCAGUCAACGUCUUCGAUUUAUCCAACUACACCCUCGUCGACGCGUUCAACGACGAUCCCACUUCCGGCGCCGUCAAGUCCGUCGCAUUCAACGCCACCAACGUCUUCACCGCUCACCAAGACUCCAAGAUCCGCGUAUGGCAAAUGGCGGAGUCCAAAAAACACCGCCUCGUGUGCACGCUUCCCACCAUUAUGGACCGUUUUCGCCGUUCUCUUUUGCCGAAGAAUUACGUUCAAGUCCAGCGGCAGAGGAAGCGGCUUUGGAUUGAGCACUGCGACGCCAUUUCGGGUCUCGCUGUUAACAAAGGGCUGAUGUACUCGGUUUCUUGGGAUAAAAGUUUUAAGAUAUGGAACGUGUCGAACCAUCGGUGCUUGGAGUCUGUGAAAGAAGCCCAUGAAGACGCCGUGAAUGCCGUUGUCGUCUCUGAUAACGGCGCCGUUUACACUGCUUCGGCUGACGGGUGCAUUAAGGUUUGGGAGAGAAACGACGGCGUGCGAAGGCACACUUUGGUGACGACCCUAGAGAAGCACAAAUCCACCGUUAAUGCGCUGGCUUUGAACGGUGAUGGAUGCCUGUUGUUUUCGGGUGGUUUUGACCGUCGGAUCUUGGUUUGGGAGAGGGAAAACGGUGAAACUAACAACAUGGUCUUCAGGGAGGCACUGUCGGGUCACACGGGGGCAAUCCUAUGCUUAAUCAACGUCGACGAUUUGUUAGCCAGUGGGUCAUCUGAUCGAACGGUGAGGAUUUGGCAACACGGAAAGGACACUGGGUACCAUUGUAUGGUGGUGAUGGAAGGACAUGAAAAACCGGUUAAGUCGUUGGUGGCAGUUUCGGCAGGCGCUUCCAACGGGGUCGUUUCAGUUUGCAGCGGCAGUCUAGAUGGAGAGAUUAAGAUUUGGGAGAUUAAAAGAAUAACAGUUCCUCAAACUUGA